AUGAUAAAGCAAACAAAAGAUGGCGAACCAAUUUUUAUUCCACCUGCUAAAAUCUUACAAGAAUUAAAGUAUUUGCAUAAAGAAUUACCAGCAUUUUGCUAUUCUUGGGCUUGGGAGGCUAGAUGUGUAUGUGCUUUUGAAAAAGGAGAAUUCAUUGAAGCAAUAAAAGAGUUGAAAUAAAUUGGUUGCUAAAAACGAUGCGAAGUAUAUGCGAAAAAGCCUAUUCUUAUUGGGAAACGACUUUUUAAUGUAAGAUUAAUUUCAUAUGGGGCAUCAUCUCCAAAAAAAAUGUUCUUUGGGCCGAACCAUUUAGCUCAUGCAUUUGACAAGCUGAUGUUUGAUUAUGUAUACAUAUUUUUGGAGACUGCUUAAAAAACAGCAAAAAAAUUGUAAUUACUAAUAUAAAAAGCUGAAAGCACAAACAAUAAUAGAUAAAUCGCUAGCUUUAAGGAGAGCUACAAAAUACUACUGGGGAAGGAAUAUGAGGAAUAGAACAUGGAAGAAGAAUAGAAUGAAGAUCAAGAGUGAUUAAAAAUCAUAAUAAUAAAUAGUCUUGAUAUAAAUUUAAUUUUAAAAUAAAUUAUAUUAAUGAUGGAAUAUAAUUA